GAAGGCUGGAGAGGAGAUUGCAAGAUGAAAGCUUUGCUAUUUGCGUUGUUGGUGGUGGCACUCAUGUGCAAGGACCCAGUCACGAGUCUGCAGUGUUUCUUCUGGGAUACUUUGAAAGUACCUUGUGCCGAUGGAGAAAUAUACUGUUUCAAAAUGUAUGAUGUUUCAUCCUCAGAAUCGUAUAUUAUAGCAAAUGGAUGUGCCGAAACAUGUCCAGAAACAACCCCCCAAAUAGAGGUUAGCUGUUGCAAUACUGACUUUUGCAAUAACAAUGGGCGACCUUAACGAUUGAGUUUUGCUCUUCAUCCAUCAAGGACCUUCCUUGAAGAUGUAUGCUUCUGGCCUUUCCCACAACCUGGCCCAUAACCCCCCCCCCUUCUGCUUUCUUUGAAACCCCCCCCCCCUUCACCUUCUCUCCCUUUUUCCCAAUCUACAAGUGUCAUUCUGCUGCUUCUGUACUUUAGCAACUGAAUAAAUGUCUGCAUUUAAAUCCCA